AUGUCUCUGCGUCCGUCCACUUCUCCUUUGCGUGCCCCUUUGCCUUCUCCUCCUGACUCCUCUCUUCCUGCUCUUGCCGUCCAUGAGUCGGACUCCCUUCGUGCUGCAAGUCCUACUGUCACGUGUCUCCUUGCUACUGUCGUCACUGACCCUUCCUUUGAGUCCACUGCUGCGUCGGCCCUAGUUGCUGAGCUCGUCGACUUUGCUGCUCGCUGUCGCCUAGACUGCGCUGCUAGUCUUGUCGCUAAGUCUGAGUCUGUCUGUCCUCCGUCCGUCGGGGGUGAGUGUGCCCUUGGCACGGACGUCCUUGAGGACAGGCAGGAGGAGUUCCAGUGUCUUGCUGCUGCUUCACCUCAUCUCGUGUCCGUACUGCUUACCCCUGAGGGAGACCCGGAUGCACUUGACAUCCCGACUCCGCGCUCUUACGCGGAGGCGAUAGAGGGUCCCUACUCUUCUCAGUGGCAGGCAGCUAUGGACACAGAGAUGGCUUCCUGGAAGUCCACAGGCACCUACGUUGACGAGGUUCCCCCACCUGGGGCGAACAUCGUCAGUGGCAUGUGGAUCUUUAGGGUGAAGCGGCCGCCGGGUUCUCCGCCUGUCUUCAAGGCAAGUUACGUGGCUCGCGGCUUCAGUCAGCGGCAGGGAGUUGACUACUUUCAGACCUUCUCUCCCACCCCGAAGAUGACCACUCUUCGGGUACUGCUGCACGUUGCUGCUCACCGUGACUACGAGCUGCACUCUCUUGACUUCAGCACAGCUUUCUUGCAGGGCAGCCUACACGAGGAGAUCUGGCUGCGUCGCCCACCUGGCUUCUCUGGGUCGUUCCCUCCUGGUACCCUGUGGAGUCUCCGCCGUCCAGUCUACAGUCUCCGCCAGGCGCCCCGUGAGUGGCACGACACACUGAGGACUACGCUUGCGGCUCUUGGGUUUGCUCCUUCUACUGCCAACCCGUCGCUGUUUCUGCGCACCGACACCUCUCUGCCGCCGUUCUACAUCCUCGUGUAUGUCGACGACUUGGUCUUUGCCACAGCUGACACUGCUGGACUCGCCUAUGUGAAGUCCGAGCUGCAGAAGAGACACACGUGCACAGACCUGGGUGAACUGCGCAGCUACCUUGGCUUGCAGAUUACUCGGGACAGAGCACGCCCCACCAUUACCCUGACUCAGUCACAGGUCCUUCAGCGCUUCGGCUUCACCAUUCUCGCACGCUAUGUUGCUCCUGGGAGAUACCGACCGGAGCACAUGGCUGCAGCGAAGAUGGUGUUGCGCUACUUGUGCAGUACAUCGGGCAUGGGGCUAGUGCUUGGAGGGCGGAGUCCAGUGGUCCUCACUGGGCAUGCAGAUGCUUCUUGGGCUGACGACCAGGCUACGCAGCGGUCGUCACAGGGUUACACCUUCAGCCUUGGUUCCGGCUCUGUUUCGUGGCGGGCUACUCGCUCGUCCUAUGUUCUCGGCUCCAGUUGUGAGGCCGAGAUCUACGCAGGGGCCAUGGCUGCACAGGAGCUUCGCUGGCUCACCUUCUUUCUGACUGACCUCGGAGAGCCGCCUCGUUCUCCUCCAGUUCUGUACGUAGACAACAAGGCCAUGCUGGCCUUGUGUCGAGAGCAGAGACUGGAGCACAGAACAAAGCACAUUGCUCUCCGCUACUUCCUUGCUCGUGAGCUACAGCAGCGUGGUCAGUUGCGGCUUGCGUACGUGGCCUCUGAGGCCAACACUGCUGAUGUCUUCACCAAAGCACUUGCGCCUUGUGAUCAUCAGCGCUUCUGCACUCAGCUGGGUCUUGUGCCUGUCUUGCCUCACUUGCUCACCUCUUGA